AUGAACAACAUUUCUAUAUUAAAGGCAUUUAGAACCUUUGUUCUUGCAUGGUUCGUUAUAUUUGAAGGUCAUAUUGUUGUUGUACAUGGAGAUUUUAAUUACCAAGAUGCCCUUACCAAAUCCAUUAUUUUUUUGGAGGCACAGAGGUCAGGAAAACUUCCACCUAAACACAGGCCUUCAUGGAGAGGAGAUUCUGCCCUUGAAGAUGGAAAGUCUGCAAAUGUGGACCUUGUAGGAGGAUACUAUGAUGCCGGAGACAAUGUGAAAUAUGGGCUUCCAAUGGCUUUCACUGUAACAACCUUAGCGUGGGCUGCUAUUGCUUAUCACUCACACCUCCAAUCUGCUGGAGAAUUGGAAAAUGUUCGCUCUGCCAUCAAAUGGGGUACUGAUUAUUUCUUGAAAGCCAGUGCCAAACGCAAUCGCCUCUACGUCCAGGUUGGGGAUCCAGUGAAAGAUCAUGAAUGUUGGACAAGGCCAGAGAACAUGAAAACUCCGAGAACUGUGCUAAUGAUAGACCAGAAUAAUCCUGGAACAGAGAUUGCUGCUGAGACUUCUGCAGCAAUGGCUGCUGCUUCUAUUGUAUUUCGUGGAACUGAUCGUAACUAUUCCCGUCGACUUCUAAAUAAAGCUAAACUACUUUUUCAGUUUGCCAAAAGCCAUAAAGGAACCUAUGAUGGGGAAUGUCCUUUCUAUUGCUCCUUUUCUGGCUAUCAUGAUGAGUUGUUGUGGGCUGCAACAUGGUUGUAUAGAGCAACCAGGAGGCCAGCAUACUUGGAAUUCAUCACAGAAGAGGCUACUACUGCAACUGUAGCUGAAUUUAGCUGGGACCUUAAAUAUGCUGGAGCUCAAAUACUCCUCUCUGAGUUCUAUUUUGAAGGGGAGAAAGACUUGGCCAACUUUAAGCAACAAGCUGAUGGUUUUGUUUGCUCAAACCAUCCACAUAGCCCUUAUCACCAGGUUCAUAUGUCUCCAGGGGGUCUGAUUCACCUUAGAGAUGGAGCCAAUUCUCAAUAUGUUACUGGCACAGCUUUUCUGCUUAGCGCUUAUAGUGAUUAUCUAGCCAAGUACAAGCAAACGGUCAGCUGUGGUAAUAAACAGUUAGAUUCUGCUGAUCUCAUGGCCUUUGCCAAGCAACAGAUGGACUAUUUACUAGGGAAAAACCCGAGAGGAAAAUCAUACAUGGUUGGUUUUGGGAACAAACCUCCAACUCAAGCUCAUCAUAGAGGUGCCUCUGUCCCAAAAAUGUCUCCAAACAAAUUGGUGGACUGCUCCAUGAGUUUCGUUUACUGGUACAACACAGAAAAACCCAAUGCUAAUGAGCUAACAGGUGCCAUUGUUGGUGGUCCUGAUCGAAAUGAUAACUUUGAAGAUCGUCGUUCAAGUUCAUCCAUGACUGAGCCGACAACAUAUACAAAUUCUUUGGCCGUUGGUAUCCUUGCAAAGCUCACGAAGCACCAUUCCCCGUCUUGAUCACCUAAGUAGAUUUUCAUCAUGGCGAAGAUUUACAAAGGUGUAUAAGUUAUUUUUGCAGAUGAAUUCAUGAGAGUCUAUAUAAUGUCUUUGUAGGUCCUAUAUAGUGACAUGCUGCGUAGCUGGCUGCAAGGGAUUGAGCAAAUAAGCUCGACUUUGUCUCUAGCUCUUUUCUACGGAUUAAUGUGUUUAUCUUAAAAUAGGUUUCUUUUGAUGGUGUAGAUCUGCAAUAUUGAUUAGUACAAAAGAUUGAAGUGUGCACCCAAGAAGUGUGGUGGUUUUACAUAUGAAUGUUGUGUAUAUUUGUAUGCAGACAGUAUUUUGUAUAAAAGUCAUUCCAAUUCU